AUGUUGCACCUGUUCUCGAAGCGCGACAGCAUUAGACAAUGCGCCAACAAGAUUCUCACGACAUCAUUACAGGGCCAAGAUGAGAACAUCGGUUCCUCGCAGGAGACCGAGGCCGUCUCCGCCUCCCGCCUCCUUUCCACGCUUGCGCCGGUCGCUGUCUACGCUGUCAUCUGGCUCGUCCUCUUCCUGAUCCUGCGUCGCGUCUUCGUGCGCAAUUACCAGGCCCGUUCCGUUCUCAAUACAUUGAAAGAGAGUGAAAGAUCGCCCCAAUUACCUCCGGGCCUGUUCAGCUGGAUCGCCGCCUUCGUCAAGAUCCCCGACAGCUAUGUUCUCACCCACCACUCUCUCGAUGGCUUCCUGUUCUUGCGCCUGCUCAAGAUGGCCGUCAUCUCCUGCUUUGUCGGCGCUGCCAUCUGCAUCCCCGUCCUGUUCCCGGUGAACAUUACGGGUGGCGGCAAGCAAGAGCAGCUGGACAUCCUUAACCUGUCCAAUGUCUCUGGUACCUACUGGCGUUACUUUGCUCACGCUGGGUGCGCCUAUCUCUUCUUUGGCUUCAUCAUGUUCAUGAUAACUCGCGAGAGUAUCUUCUACAUCAACCUCCGCCAAGCGUUCCUCAUGUCUCCUCUCUAUGCUAAGCGCCUCUCGUCCCGCACCGUUCUGUUCACCGCGGUCCCGGAGUACUACUUGCACGAGUCGAGGAUGCGCGAUCUUCUCGGAGACCACGUUAAGCGCGUCUGGCUUCCCACCGAUACCUCGGAGCUCGAGGAGAAGGUCCAAGAACGUGACAGUAUUGCCAUGAAGCUUGAGGGAGCUGAGACUAAGCUGUGCAAGCUCGUCAAUGCGGCUAAGCUCAAGGCCGAUAAGACAGGCAACGCUCGCGAGGAGGAGUUGACCGAGAUUAAUGGCCAAGGCAGCACCGAGUCUGGCUCUGUGGCUGCUCGCUGGAUCAGGGCCAAAGAUCGCCCAACGCACCGUCUGAAGCCCCUCAUUGGCAAGAAGGUCGACACGAUUGACUGGUCUCGUACGCAACUGGCGAAGCUGAUCCCGGAAAUCGAGAAGGAGCAGGCCAAGCACCGUGCUGCCGAUGCGAAGAAGAUCAGCUCUGUGUUUGUCGAGUUCGACAGCAUUUCCGAGGCCCAAGCCGCUUUCCAGAGUCUUACGCACCACCAAGCCCUGCACAUGGCUCCCCGCUACAUCGGCAUUACUCCCACCGAGGUCAUCUGGAGCAACUUGCGCAUCAAGUGGUGGGAGCGUGUUAUGCGUGUGCUUGCUACCACGGCUUUCGUCACUGCUCUGGUUGUCUUCUGGUCUAUCCCCGUGGCUUUCGUCGGUGCCAUCUCAAACGUCCAAAACCUCACCUGUAUCAUUCCGGCCUUGAGCUUCAUCAACGACAUUCCUUCCGCCGUCAAGGGUGUUGUCACUGGACUUCUGCCUGUCAUUCUCCUGGCGGUGCUGAUGUCUUUGUUGCCCAUCAUUCUCCGCAUGAUGGCGAAGCUUAGCGGCGAUCCCACCAGGUCGGCUGUCGAACUGACUGUUCAGAAUUACUAUUUCGCCUUCCAGGUCGUCCAAGUCUUCCUCGUGGCUACUCUUGGAUCUGCCGCUGCUUCAGCUGUCGGCGAUAUCAUCGAAAACCCCACCGGCAUUCCAAGCAAGCUUGCAACUACGAUUCCCACAGCAUCUGGUUUCUACCUGUCUUACUUCGUUCUACAGGGCCUGGGUGUUGUCUCCGGUUUGCUCGUUGGUCUCGUCGGUUUGGUCAUCGCAAAGGUCCUUAGCAAGAUCCUCGAUACCACCCCUCGGAAGAUGUACAAGCGGUGGAUCUCUCUCUCCGGUCUUGGCUGGGGCACUGUUUUCCCCGUCUACACGAACUUGUUCGUCAUUGCAAUUUGCUACGCUUGCAUUGCCCCGCUAGUCCUCCUCUUUGCCGGAAUCGGCAUGUGGUUCUUCUACUUCGCCUACCGAUACAACCUGCUCUUCGUGUACGACAUCGACGUCGACACCAAGGGCCUUGUCUACCCACGUGCUCUCCAGCAGCUUUUCGUCGGCCUCUACAUCGCCGAAGGCUGCCUUAUCGGUCUCUUCGCCAUCCAGCUGGGUGACCGGAGUGCUUUGGGACCAUUCAUCCUGAUGCUCGUCCUUUUGAUCUUCACGUUCCUGUACCACGCCUCUCUUAAUGCGGCUCUCGACCCUCUUCUCAAGUAUCUGCCUAAGAGUCUUCAAGAAGAGGAGCGUCGCCUGCUCGCGGCUGAGUCCGACCUGCCUCCUAGCGAGCGGGCCGACGCGCCGACCGAGGGCUUCGAAAAGGCAGGCGCUACCGAAGACGGUUACCUUGACCCGCGCGUGGCCCCGCACGAGAAGCCGGGCAUGAUCAAGAAGUUCCUGCGACCCGACAUCUACACCGACUACCCGACCAUGCGGCGCAUGGUCCCCCGCAACUUUGCUGAUCCCGACGCACUGUAUGCCCCUGAGGUGGAGCGCGACGCCUUCUUCCACCCGUCCGUCACAUCGGAGCCCCCGAUGCUUUGGAUCCCGCGUGACUCGGCCGGGUGCUCCCGCCAGGAGGUGCAAGACACGGGCAAGGUCAUCGCCAUUACCGACGUGGCGGCUCAUUUCGACGAGAAGAACAAGCUUGUCUGGGAUCCCGAGGCAGAGGUUCCGAUUGCCGAGCCCAAGAUCUAUUACUAG